GUCGUUUAGUUUGAAGCAUCAGAGUGAGACAAUGGCCCUUUAAGUACUGUUCUUAAGGCCUCUAAGGCUCAAAGAAGUGACCAAAAAUGAAGUUCCAAAAGCUCGCCAUCAUUUCUCUAAUCCCCAUAUUUUGGCUGCUUCUCUUGGCCUAUGCUGCUCAGCCUCCAUUCGCAUGCCACCCCUCCGACCCUCUAACCAAAUCUUAUCCAUUUUGCAAAACCACACUGCCCAUCAACCAAAGAGUCCAAGACAUUAUCUCUAGACUCACUCUAGAUGAGAAAAUAUCCCAACUUGUUAACACUGCCCCCCCUAUUCCACGACUGGGCAUCCCCAGAUACCAGUGGUGGUCCGAGGCCUUACAUGGGAUUGCCUAUUUUCCUGCCAACAGCAGUACCUACAGCAUCCACUUCAAUGGAAAAAUCCGUGCUGCUACCAGUUUUCCUCAAGUUAUCCUCACUGCUGCUUCCUUUGAUGCCCAUCUUUGGUACCGUAUUGGUAAAGCAAUUGGAAUCGAAGCCAGAGCACUAUACAAUGCUGGCCAGUCUAUAGGUAUGACGUUCUGGGCACCGAAUAUUAACAUCUACAGGGAUCCACGGUGGGGAAGAGGACAAGAAACACCCGGUGAGGAUCCAGUUUUGACGGGGAAGUAUGCAAUGUCGUAUGUUAGAGGCAUUCAGGGGGAUUCUUUUCAAGGAGGAAAGAUUGGAGCUGAAGGUCAUCUCCAAGCUUCAGCUUGUUGCAAGCAUUUUACAGCUUAUGAUUUGGAUAACUGGAAUGGAAUUAGCAGAUUUGUUUUUAAUGCUCAAGUGAGCUUACAGGACUUGGCAGAUACAUAUCAGCCUCCUUUUGAGAAGUGCAUAAAAGAAGGGAAAGCCAGUGGGAUCAUGUGUGCUUAUAAUCGUGUUAAUGGAGUCCCUAACUGCGCAAACUACGAUCUCUUGUCCAAAACAGCUCGAGGGCAAUGGGAUUUCAACGGGUACAUCGUCUCAGACUGUGAUGCAGUCGCUGUCAUGUAUGAGGAUCAAGGAUAUGUUAAAUCACCCGAGGAUGCAGUUGCUGAUGCUCUCAAAGCUGGAAUGGAUGUGAACUGCGGUGACUAUUUAAAAGACUACACUGGAGCAGCCAUCAAAGAGAAGAAACUUCCUGUGUCUGAGAUAGAUAGAGCCCUUCACAACCUUUUCUCCGUUAGAAUGAGAUUGGGGCUUUUCGAUGGCAACCCGGAUAAACUGCCUUACGGUAACAUCCGUCCAGAACAAGUCUGCUCCAAGGAACACCAGAAUCUUGCUCUUGAUGCUGCUAGAGAUGGCAUUGUCCUUCUAAAAAACACUGGCAAACUUCUUCCAUUUUCAAAAUCAAGAACCAAGACCCUUGCUGUGAUUGGCCCUAACGCUAAUGUCGCAGAAACCCUUCUUGGUAACUAUAACGGUCCUCCUUGCAAAACUGUUACACCAUUACAAGGUUUGCAGAGGUAUGUCAAGAACACCAGAUAUCACCAAGGGUGUAAUGCAGUUAAUUGUACUUCUGCUUUCAUCAAGGAAGCAGUGGAGAUAGCAAAAGGAGCAGACCAUGUUGUGUUAGUAAUGGGAUUGGAUCAAACCGAAGAAAGGGAAGAUUUUGAUCGUGUUAACUUGGUACUUCCAGGGCAGCAACAGAAGCUGAUAACAACCAUUGCCAGAGCUGCAAAGAAGCCUGUUGUUCUGGUGCUUCUCUGUGGAGGUCCGGUAGACAUAACCUUUGCCAAGUACGAUCCACACAUCGGAAGCAUUUUAUGGGCUGGAUAUCCAGGAGAAGCUGGAGGACUUGCACUGGCAGAAAUUAUCUUCGGUGAUCACAACCCAGGGGGAAGAUUGCCAGUUACCUGGUAUCCACAAAAUUUCACCAGGGUAAACAUGACAGACAUGAGGAUGCGUCCGGACCCAUCUUCGGGCUACCCAGGACGCACUUACAGAUUCUACCGAGGCCCCAAGGUGUUUGAGUUUGGGUUUGGUCUCAGCUACUCAAACUAUUCUUAUGAAUUCAUCUCAGUUUCCCAAAACGAGUUCUAUUUCAAUCAGCAUUCAAGUGGUCAUACAAGCAGAAACUCAGAAACCAUCAGAUACACGCUAGUUUCAGAGGUAAGUAAAGAACACUGUGAGAAAGGGAAGUUCAAGGUCAAAGUUGGGGUAAAGAACUAUGGAGAGAUGGCAGGCAAACAUCCACUGCAGUUAUUUGUGAGGCAGGCAAGGGCUGGCAAUGGGGGGGCUAUCAAAACAUUGGUUGGAUUCCAGAGUGUGAAUCUAAAUGCAGGGGAAAGAGCUCAAAUUGAAUUUAAAUUGAGCCCUUGCGAGCAGCUUGCGAGAGCUAAUAAAGAUGGGGAGAUGGUAAUAGAAGAAGGAUCUCAUUUCUUGAUCAUGGGAGACCAAGAAUAUGAGAUUAACGUCAUCAUAUGAUCAAUAACUCCAGGUCUCCAACACAUCAGCAGAUUUACUAGCUGAUGAAUAAUAUAAGCAUUUUCCAGUUAGUUUCUGCAGCCAUAUAUCACAGGUUGCAACAAAAUAAAAAUGCUAUUCUGAG